AUGCCUUGCCUGCACGGCCGAAACGUAUUAUUAUAUUUUAGAGAAUGUGACAUCUUUAUUCUUGAUAGAUGUUUCAGGGAUGCUAUUACAUUCCUUCAUGAACUGGGAUACAACGCUCUCAUAUCUAAGACUAACGAUAAAAACAAACGCCGCAAUGACCUAAUGUUAUUGCAAGAUCGUUCAUAUUACGGCGAGCAUAUAAGAGUUAUCAGUGCAUACAAAAUCGAAGUAUGUCGUCAAAAUGUGCACGUUUUAAAUAGCAACAGUUAUUUGCUACGAGGGCGAAUUCAGUCCAGACAUGUGAGUAGGGAAAUAUACUACACGUACUGCUCGUUGACACCACCCCAAUACUCAGAAAUACCAGCCGCUAUAUCUGUAUAUUACUGCAGCUGCUUGGCUGGUAGACGAACUGUGUGUUCUUGUGCUCGGGUGAUGAGCGUAGCGUGGUUUUUAUUUUGGGCAUGCCAUCGAGUUGUCACUGAACCGCCUGCUAUGCUGAUUAGUUCACCGUGCUUAGGUGUCACAAGAACUUAGCCUACGCCAUACAAUCGAGGUAACGCUUUUAUUUUAAAACGUAAUACUGACGUAAUGCUGAGUUGUAGUUGGUAUCUAGGAAUUGUUAUAGGUACUUACAAUGAAAAUAUAGAAGUUAUACUUGCUCUAUUUUCUCUUGAACCUCGUUUGAAACUGAUAUUGGACGAAGCCACGUAAGUGUGCUUGAAUGCAAGAAAUUGCAAUAUUUUUUUAGUUUUGACAGGUUAUAAUGAAAUGAGACACUGUUGCCUGUAAAUUAUUAUGUUUCUAUUUGGAGAUAGGUAGUAUUUUUUAUUGUUUGCGCCAAUAUCAACACAUCUUAUCUAACCGUUUGGGUUUUGGGAGAAACGGUGAAAAAAAAUCACAGUUUGUGAACAAACGCCAUCUUUUGGUCGAUAAUCGGCAUGAUCUACCUAGACAACCUCCCAUGACGAAGUCUUUUGGGAUAUUAUGAUUAGAAGGUAAUUUUGAUCUUGAGUAAUAUGAACCCAAUUUAAUAUACCUUCAAGUUGAUAAAAAUUAUUAACUAAAGACAUUCUCAAAAUUUUACUACUUUGCAGAUAUCACCAACGCCAUCUUGUUCAAUUUAUUAGACAAAACUACGGCUCUAAGCCAAGGAAGUGCUAUUUCUUUUCCGUUUCAUGUUUCAGUAAUACCUACUGUGUUACGUUAGGUGGCGCCGUAGGAGCAUUCUAAAAAACGAUAAAUAUGCUAUCAUUUCUUUGAAUUAUAUUUUUCGGAUAUCUUCAAUAACAGCCAAAAAUAUGUAUAAUAUAUUAAAACGCGUGCUCCCGUUGAAGAUCCUCCUUAUGUAG